AUGUCGCUCCCUACCUUCGCGUCACCAUACAACGUGGAAAAGAGGAGGUUUAAUGAAGAGCGGGUUUUGAUGCAGUCCCAGAAGGACGGCGUAGAAGGUGUGAACCUUCAAAUGCCACCCAACUACGGAGAUAUGGACCUCAUUCUGUUUCCGGAGGGCAGCCUGAAGAACUGCAACAAUACGAUCAUUCCUCAGUCCCACUUAAAGGGAAAAUCCGUGGCGCUCUACUUCGCUGACGGUGCCGACCCGAAGUGCGCAUCUUUCCUCCCCUUUCUGCUCAAUUAUUAUCGCACGAUCAAUGAAGGCGGCUCCAAUCAGAAGGUAGAGGUUAUUUUUGUGAGCUUGGAUCGGGACCGCAAGUCUUUUGAGAGUCACCGGUCGCAUAUGCCGUGGCUCAGCGUCGAUUUGGAAAAUCCGUUGACGGAGGUCUUGAAGCGUCAUUUCCGAGUCAUGAAGGAAUACGAGGUACCAACAUACGGCUAUGGCAGCAGGACCGGCGUCCCGUGUGUCAUCGUGAUUGGGAGCGACGGCCGUGAAGCGCAGUUCCUCCCCAUCAGCAGUGGCCGCGAGGAAGGUGACAGGGCUCUCCUUCGCUGGGAUUGGAGGAACACGAAAUUUGCCUCUGAUCAGUUCCUGGUCCGUCAAACCUGUCAAGAGAAGCAAGGACAAAGCCAUUAG